GCAAAAUCAACUGGUUUUUCUUUAGGAACGUCACCGCUUUGAAGAGCCAUUAUACAUUGGGUCAUCACCAAAUGUCAACUAAACUGUUAGUUAUUGCUCUGCAGCGGUUUCAUAUUCUGCAUCCAUCCUAGUUUUUAUUGAGUUUCUACAAUUGCAGCUUAUCUUGUUUUGUACUUUCAUCCAUAUUGAAGCGCGCUUAAUUGCUUUUUUCUCCCAUCUUAAGGACAAGCCAACUCCGAAAACACACGAAUGAGAACGAUCCAAAGAUUAGAAUUGGGUAAUUCUUGAAAUUUGCAAUUACAAAAAAAACAAGAAAGAAAGAAAGAAAGAAACUUGGUCUUCUGCAAUGUGAUACUUGUACAUGCAUGGAAGUGCAACAUUUUUUAUAUCUACAAGUUGUUGUUUUGCGGUUUUGAAUUGUCAGAAAAUCAGGCCUCCGUAUAGUGAUUUUUCUUGUUCUGAAGGUAUAUAUAUUAUUGGAAAGGCUUCUUCCAAUUACCAUAAACUGAUCAGAUGUUGGAUUUUCUUUGGCUGCAGUUGUGGGAUGGACAAAUUUAUUAGUAGGGUAUGCUUUGUGGACGCUUAUGAUGUAUUUAACAGACGUUUGGAAGCUUCCCUUCACAGAUGCAGCUGUUAUUCUCAAUUUGUAUUAUGAAGUAUCAGCCUUCUUGCCCUUAUUGUUACAAUUCCUAGUUGAUACUUUGAUGGGGAACUUCUGGAUGCUCCUCAUUUCUUCUCUAGCUUAUAGCAUGGGACUGGUUUUCUUGGCAAUGUCAACACCACCUCUACUUUCUAAGGUUACGGGGUCAUGUAGUUCAUAUGAGCCUGAAUGCAUUGGUGAUGCUCAGCGCGUACUGUUUUACACUGCAUUAGCGUUUAUAGCGGUCGGGACAGCGGGACACACAGUUUCCUUGUCGAGUUUCGUGGAAGAACAAGGACAAGAUGCAGAUUCAGCACCAGAUAAUGUCACAUUCGGAUCGAUCAUUGAAGUCCGAGUUCGUAAGGUAGUUGGAUUUGGAAUCCCUUGUUUUGCAGUUCUGGGUUUCCCCUAUAUAAAGCCAUGGUCGCUUCAUUUCGGAAUUCCAGCCAUAUUUAGUGUGGUGGCAACGCUUAUAUUCAUGAGCGGUUCAUCUAGUUAUACUUGUGUUGAACCUCAAGGUAGCCCUCUGACUAUGGUGAUGAGGGUGUUUGUGGCUGCAGCAUCCAAAAAUAAUCAUCCACAUCCAUAUCAUAGCCAGCUCAAUGGGAUGGCUAAUUCAGAAAUCCCUCACACUUGUCACCCCCUCCGGUGCUUGAACAAGGCUGCACUAGUACUACCAAAUCAGUCUCUGGAAGAGCAACAGAACAAUAGGUGGAAGCUUUGCACGGUCGCGGAAGUUGAAUACACAAAACACAUAGUACGUUGGGUUCCCAUGGCCAUCUCAUUCAUGAGUUUGGGUUUACUCAUCUCACUUGGGGUCACAUUUUUUGUGGAGCAAGCAAAACACAUGAACCACAAGGCGGUCGGAAGCCUAACCGUACCGUUGACAAUCUUCUGGUGGAUCACUGCUCAAGCAAGGUCGAUUGUCCCCGGUGUGUAUUAUACAAUCUCAGUUUUGAGCCACCCGAAUGAAGUAACCAGGCAUGCUAGGGCGGGAACAAAGGUAUCAAUGCUAAUAGGCAUCUUAUGUUGCCUGACUGCUGCAAAAGUGGAAUCUCAUAGACUUGAAAGGAACCACCCCAUCUCAGUAUUCUGGUUACUGCCUCAAUUUAUCCUGCUUGGUGCCACGCAGGGGAUGUACGAAUCGGGUUUGGCUCUUACCAGUUCUCAGAUUUUCCGUUUCAGGCCUCAUUUGGCCAAGUUUAUGGCACUGUUUACCAGCAUGGGGAUUAAUAUGGGAUUCAUAGGCAGUAUUAUUGCAAUAAAUGUAUUGGGUAAGGUGACUAAAACAGGGGGAAAACAGGGCUGGUUCCAGGACACCUUAAACCAUAGUAGACUUGACAAUUAUUACUACUUUCUGGCCGGCUUAUGUGCCGCAAACCUUGUGCUUUACUACAUGGUGUGGAAGUUUUGCCGAGGCGAAGAUGAUUCCUAGGAUUCCGACGAUUUUGAAUCUCUCAAUGCAAUCGUCUGCUUUUGUCUUGUUCUCAGAAUCGCAGGUGUGAUGUGGACCAUGGUGUUUUGUUUGGAACUAAAGGAUCCUCCUCCUUCAAUCAUGUUACUAUUUCAUCUUGAAAUAAAUAUAGACAUUGUUUAUUCACCCUAUGGAAUACAUUUACAGUUGGGAGGGGAG